CGACAACUCCUGUGUUGAACACCUGCACAACUGUGCAUGUUUCUCUUCAGCUCUGUUUGCAGUCCUCUGAUUCAGUCGGCAUGCCCAGGUACAACCAGGUGUUCCAGUACCUUCUGCGUUUGAAAAGGAUUCAAUUGGAGCUGGAAAAGACCUGGGCAUUGGCAAUGCACAGGGACAGGCGGGACUUUGUGGCCAGGAGGAGGAAGGAGGCCGGCAAUCUGGAGAGAAGGAAUGAACAACAAUACCAGAGAAUGUCCAUGUGGCAACUGAGGCAGCAUAUGACAUACUUGAUAACAAACCUACAGUUCUACAUCCAGGUUGAUGUGAUAGAAUCGCAGUCAAAACUGCUUCAAGAGCGCAUUGAGGCGUCGAAAGACUUCACUGAAUUGACUAGAUUUCACCAGGAGUAUUUGUCAGCACUCAUUACUCAGUCAUUUCUUGACACCGGCUCAAUAUCUCGCAUACUGGACCUCAUCAUCAAGCUUUGCUGGCAGCUGUGCAAGCUGAUCGAAGCUAGCGAUGCUACCCCGGAUACUGCUGAAAUAGAAUCAUUGGCCAAGCUUUUUCGGCAGAGGUCAAUCUCUCUCUUCACAAUCCUGUCAAGCAGUAAGCUAUCGGGUAGUCAGCGGGCGCCUUUUCUUCGGCAGUUCUUGCUGCGCCUGAACUACAACAACUACUUCCAUAACCAGGCGCACAAGCAAAUCUCCCGAGCGCCGGCUACACCAUUGCGAGCGGCUUCCAUGCGCCCACCACUUCUUGGGGAAGUGCACUCGAUGCCGUCAAUCAUACUGUAAGCAGGUGUUAUAUUCCGUGGGAGGAGAGAAGGGGGCAAAGAGUUGGGCGAGGGGGGAAGGGCGAUGAUCAGAUUUGUUUUUAUGUGAUAAGGAAGGCGUUGCUUUUUAUAUGACAAAGAGGUGUGAGGGUUAGCGCUGGACACUUAGUACAGAACUCCUGUUUUCGAUGAAGUAUGGAUUCUCUGAUGGGAAAUGGAUUGAUAACUUCACAAGUCCUUAACUGAAUCCUUCCCUUAAUGGUAUUGGGCUCCUGCAAUCGUUUCUUUCUCUCACCAAAUAAAUACAUUGUGACAUCUGUAGUGGACACGCAUGAUUGAGAACUUGUCAUUUCAUUUCUAUGUGAGGAAGGGUAGCAGUGGGGUGAUGAUCAGAUUUUUUAAUGUGACAAGGAAUGCAUUGCUUUUUAUAUGACAAAGAGGCGUGAGGUAUUACAAAGAGGCGAGGGGUAUGACAAAGAGUCGUGAGGGUUAGCGGUGGGCACUUACUACAGAACUCCCGUUUUCGAUGAAAUAUGGAAUCUCUGAUGGGAAAUGGAUUCAUAAGUCCUUAACUGAAUCCUUCCCUUAAUGGUAUUGGGCUCCAGCAAUCGUUUGUUUUCCUCACUAAAUAAAUACAUUGUGACAUU